AUGAGGGCUGUUGGUUUGCUGCUGCUGCUGCUGGCUCUGUGUGGGUCAGGAGCUCAGGGGGAACUUCAGGAGACGGCGCCGACGAAUGCAGCUAAGGAACCGACUGAGCAGACCACAAAGCAGACCACACCUGACAUCUGGGCGGAGGUGAAGGCUCUGAGAGACAUGGUGGUGAAGCUCGACCUGCAGGUGGAGCUGCAGCAGGGAGAAAUCUCAGAGCUGCAGACCAGACUGAGGAGCAGUGAGGACGAACUUCUCAUCACCAAGACCAGGAUCGACAAGCUGGAGGGAGGAAAUACAGUUGAUGAGAGAAAGGUGGCCUUUUACACAGCUCUGACUGAUGACGGAUUUUAUGGACCAUUCGACUCAGACACCACACUGAAACACAGCAAAGUCUUCACCAACAUCGGCGAUGCCUACAAUCCAUCUACAGGUUUCUUCACAGCUCCAGUCAGAGGGGCCUACUACUUCCAGUUCACUAUGGGUGGUGCCCGAGCAGGUUACAUGGGUGUACAGGUGUUCAAGAACAACCAGUUGAUCAUGUGGAAUGAUGAUAUUAAGGAAGAGGGAGGGGCUGAAUAUAUAACUAACUCUGUUGUCUUGGAGCUGAUGGCAGGAGAUCAAAUCCACCUCGUUCUCCCAGCAAGCGCUUCUCUCUAUGACGAUAGACACAACUACAACACCUUCAGUGGCUCCCUCCUCUUCGCACUGUGAGAAUCCUUCAGCUGCUGUGUGACUCCUUACUGGCUACACUGUG